AUGGACAUUGUAGAACCCAUCAACCCUGCUUAUGCCUUGAGUCAUGCCUUCAUCCUAGCAGCAACAGAUUACUUUUCUAAGUGGGCUGAAGUGGUCCCUCUCAAGCAAGUUCUGGGGACCACUGCAGCCAACUUUGUGUGUCACCACAUCAUAUACCGAUUCGGGGUUCCGGAUCAAAUAAUCUCUGAUAAUGGCCCUCAGUUCAGAAGCUAUCACGAUCGCCUAGUUAGCCAGUUCGGUUUUGAGUGGAAGUACUCGAUCAUGUACCACCUUCGAACCAAUGGUUUAGCUGAGAUGUUCAAUAAAACCCUGUGCGGGGUACUCCGGAAGUCAGUUUCAAAGUCAAAGAAGAACUGGCAUGAGAUGCUACCAGAAGCUUUGUGGGCCUACCGCGCUAUCACUUGGAAUGCAAUAGACUCUACUCCUUAUUCCCUAGUCUAUGAAAGUGAGGCAAUUUUACCCCUCGAGGUUUAA